AUGCAUAUUCCCGGCGCCGCCGCCGGAGAUUCCCCCACCACCUCGAUUUCCUCCUCUGCCACCGUCUCCUCCGCCACUCAGGAGGCUGCCGCCACCUCCGCGGCCACUCCCGAGACUGCCGCCACCUCCGCCGCCACUCCCAAUUCUGCCGCCACCUCCGCCGCCACUUCCAAGACUGCCGCCACCUCCGCCGCCGCUCCCGAUUCUGCCGCCACCUCCGCCACCACUCCCGAGACUGCCGCCACCUCCGGCGGCGCCAACAACUCCACAGCCACCAGCUGCUCGGUAGUGUUCAGCAAGUGGCCUUACACAACACCAUCAAAGGUGAAAAUGACAAAUAUGAAACUCCUAACAAACGAGAUUGGUGGCCUUUUCGCCUUGAGUUCUCCUCACCCAGUCGAGAAUGUCGUUACAAUCCUCUCGUGA